AUGAAUGGCACUGACAUGGAGGAAAUACCGUUUCAGAAAGUCAAAACCAGGCGAAAGAGAAGUCACUGUCCGCCGGUCGUCCCCCUGACCACCAUCGUGUGCGAGGACGAGUUCGACUGCAAGGAGCUCGAGUCCCUCUUCCAGAACUACAACCUGAAGCUGGAGCAGACCUCCACCCUCAAAGCCCUGGCCGUGCUCAUCUUCAUGUCCUCGACGCUGGCCGUGGUGGAGUUGCUGUCCGGCCCCAGCCUCACCAUCUCCAAGGGGUCCCACCCGGUGCACUGUGUCAUCUUCGUGUCCCUCUUCAUCGUAACUAAUGUCAAGUACCUGCAAGUGACUCAGCUGCAGCAGAUCGUCAACCUGACGCUGCUCUUCGGCUUCACCUUCUCGUUCCUCUGCUGCCCCUUCUCGCUGGGCGCGAUGGGGCUGGAGCCCCCGACGUCCCCGGAGCAGGGCAUGUGGCAGCUCAUCCUGGUCACCUUCGUCGCCUACGCGCUCCUGCCCGUGCGGACGCUGCUGGCCGUCGUGCUGGGAAUAAUGGUGUCCAUCUCGCAUUUGAUUGUGACCGCCACUUCUGUCACGGUGAAGACGCAGAAGCUGUGGAGAACGUUGGUUGCCAACACAGUGCUGUUCACCAGCGUCAACCUGUCAGGGCUGUUUGUGCGCAUCCUGACAGAGCGAGCCCAGAGGAAGGCCUUCCUGCAGGCUCGCAACUGCAUCGAGGAGCGACUCCGCAUGGAGGACGAGAACGAGAAGCAGGAGCGCCUGCUAAUGAGUCUGUUGCCCAGGAACGUAGCUAUGGAGAUGAAAGAGGAUUUCCUGAAGCCCCCAGAAAGGAUCUUUCACAAAAUCUACAUCCAGCGCCAUGACAAUGUCAGCAUCCUGUUUGCAGAUAUAGUGGGUUUCACCAGCCUGGCCUCCCAGUGCACAGCCCAGGAACUGGUUAAACUGCUGAAUGAACUGUUUGGAAAGUUUGAUGAGCUCGCCACGGAAAACCACUGUCGCAGGAUUAAAAUCCUGGGGGAUUGUUACUACUGUGUGUCCGGACUGACCCAACCCAAGACCGACCACGCCCACUGCUGCGUCGAGAUGGGUUUGGACAUGAUCGACACCAUAACGUCAGUAGCUGAGGCCACUGAAGUCAACCUAAACAUGCGCGUGGGCUUGCAUACGGGUCGGGUGCUGUGUGGAGUGCUGGGCCUCAGGAAAUGGCAAUACGAUGUGUGGUCCAAUGAUGUGACCCUUGCCAAUGUGAUGGAGGCUGGAGGACUACCUGGGAAAGUCCACAUCACCAGAUCCACGCUGGAGUGCCUAAAUGGAGAUUAUGAGGUGGAGCCUGGAAACGGACACGAAAGGAACGCCUUCCUCCAAAAACAUGAAAUUGAAACCUUCUUUAUAGUGCCAUCUCACCGACGGAAGAUAUUCCCAGGAUUGAUUCUUUCGGAUAUAAAGCCCGCCAAAAAGAUGAAGUUCAAAACUGUGUGCUACUUACUAGUGCAGCUUAUGCACUGCAGGAAGAUGUUCAAGGCUGAGAUUCCCUUCUCCAAUGUCAUGAACUGCGAGGACGGUGAUAAGCGGAGGGCCAUGCGGACGGCUCCGCAGAAGCUGAGGAACCGCACCAACGCGAACCAGGCCAACCUGAUCCAGAGCAGCCCCAGGACCCGGGUCAACCGCUACAUCGGGCGGCUGAUCGAGGCCCGCCAGACCGAGUCGGACACGGCGGACCUCAACUUCCUCACACUCAUGUAUAAGUGCUCUGAGCGGGAGCAGAGGUACCACCAGGUUCCUGAUGAGUACUUCACCAGCGCCGUGGUGCUCUCUCUGAUCCUAGCUGCCUUGUUUGGCCUCGUCUAUCUUCUCAUCAUACCACAGGGCACGGCGGUUCUAGUCCUGCUCGUCUUCUGCAUCUGUUUCCUAGUAGCUUGUAUCAUGUACCUGCACAUCACUAGAAUACAGUGUUUUCCAGGGUGCCUGACCAUUCAGAUCCGCACUGUUCUCUGUAUUUUCAUAGUGCUCUUAAUCUACGCUGUGGCCCAGGCCUGUGUGGUGGGCUGCAUGCCCUGGUUGUGGGGCAGUGCCAACACCAACAGCUCCAUCCUCAUCAUCGAUGUGGACAGCGGCGCCAACCACACCAUGGCGGAGCUGCCUUGCGACGGUGCCCGCUACGCCUUCCUGUCCUGUGUGGUGGGCACGCUCACCCUGGCACUUUUCCUGCGGGUCUCCUGGCUGCCAAAGAUGGCGCUAAUGCUCCUUCUGGGGGUGCUGUAUGUCACCGUGUUGGAGCUCAGCGGCUUUCGCAAGAGCGCAGGUGGGGGGUCCUUCCACAUCCGGGGCUAUGAGCCCAUCCUGUCUCUGUUGCUCUUUGUUGGUGCCCUGGCCCUCCACUCCCGGCAACUCGACCUCAAACUACGCUUGGACUUCCUAUGGGCUGUUCAGGCUGAAGAGGAGAGAGACGGCAUGGAGAAGGUCAAGCUGGACAACAGGAGGAUCCUCUUCAACCUCCUGCCUGCCCACGUGGCUCAACACUUCCUCAUGUCGAACCCCAGGAACAUGGUGAGCCUCGCUAAUAAACAGGCAGGCAGGCAGACUGACCAACAGGAUCUGUACUAUCAGUCGUACGCACAGGUCGGCGUCCUGUUCGCCUCCAUCCCCAACUUCAAUGACUUCUACAUCGAGCUGGACGGCAACAACAUGGGGGUGGAGUGCCUGAGACUGCUGAAUGAGAUCAUCGCCGACUUUGACGAGCUCAUGGACAAGGAGUGCUACAAAGACAUAGAGAAAAUCAAAACCAUCGGCAGCACGUACAUGGCAGCUGUGGGCCUCGUCCCCACCAUUGGCACCAAGGCCAAGAAGUCUGUUUACGACCAUCUGAGCACCAUAGCGGACUACGCCAUUGAGAUGUUUGACGUUCUGGAUGAAAUCAACUAUCAGUCAUACAAUGAGUUUGUCCUGAGAGUGGGUAUCAAUGUGGGUCCAGUGGUUGCAGGGGUGAUUGGGGCACGACGGCCUCAGUAUGACAUCUGGGGGAACACAGUCAACGUGGCGAGCAGGAUGGACAGCACGGGAGUACCGGGAAAGAUACAGGUAACAGAAGAGGUCUAUCGCCUGCUGAACACCAACUACGACUUGGUGUGCCGCGGCAAGGUCAGUGUCAAGGGUAAAGGUGAGAUGCUGACCUACUUCCUGGAGGGGAAAGUUCAGGGCGUGGGCACUACGAUCAUGUCUUCGGUGGUGCGCUCCGCCAGCCUGGCGCGCCGGAUCCACUCUUGCGGCAAGACGAGCGUCCCGGCCAACCUGGGCAGCGUCUCCUCCGGCGCCAGCCUGACUGUCUUUGCCAGCACGGGCAGCAACAUGCAGAUGAACGCCACCAACAGCAGCCACGGCCAAGCGACAUGCCUGCCCCCGCCCUGCGUGCCCGCAGUGGGCGAGGAGGACGAGGAGGACGUAGAUGUGACGGGGAUUGAGAUCCAGGCAGCGGCAGGCGUUGCAGAUGUGGCAGUGUAGGACGACAAAAGACUGUGAAAGUUCAACUUGAAUGAAUAAAGGAAGGAAAACCCCUGGUUGGAGGCCUAAAGAAGACAGGGCUGUCCAGGUAUAUUUCCUGUAAAUCCUGAGCUGCUGGCACAACCCAGAAUUUAUGCUCAUUCAGGAUGUGAACAUCCAGAGGAAUGAAAUGACACGGUGACGAGGACAAUCAUUCUCGCUUUUUAGGGAUUUUUACUGCUUGGGAGACAAAUGUGGAGCGAGGAAGAAAGAAACCCGGAAUCCUCUUUUAACAUCUCUAUACCAGAUGAUUAGAUUCGUGGUGUUCCUGGGUUCCCCUCAGAUCCAGGUAUAAUGUGCAUCUGUGUUUCGUAUGUGCUACAUAUUCCGCGUAUAAGGGAUGUGUGCGUCGAUUAUCCGGAAAAAAGACUGAUCAUGCUAUUGCUUUUGCACUGUCUUUUCUGAUUAUGCCAAGGAUACAUUGCAUUAUUUACAGUGUAAAAUGGUGUUUCUUCUUCUUUCCCUUUUUUGUUUUGUUUUCUUUUCUUUUUUUGGUUGGUGUAUGUAAGCAUGCAUGCGUGUACUUUUGUGAGUGUGUGUAUGCAUGUGUGGUUAACUCUGAAUUGUAACAAAAAAACAAAACAGCACAAAGUUCUUUUUUUUUUUUAUACUCGGAAGCUCACUGGACGAAAUAGGCUUUUUUUUUAAAGGCAUAUUUACAAGUUAAACAGUAGUGCAUGACUUUUUAAGAGUUGACAGCCAUAGUAACGGUACUCCUGCUGAAAAGAAAACCAAAGUAUUGAGCCUUCCACGGAUCUUUAGUUUUUACCGCUUGUAUUGCCUCACCACACAAGAGAAAGGAAGUUGAGAAUAUUUGGCUUUUUAGACUUAAAAAGUGUAUUUUUGCAGCCCCGGAGGGACAAAAUGAGGGUUUCUGAAUGCCGUUUUACAUUGUCCUAAUUCACAAUAGUUGGCUUGUGUUACGUCUACUCGCAGACAGCAGUGGGGGGCAGGGAUGGUGUGUAGACCCAAAGAGCAAUGGAAAAACUAGUUAAUGCCAAAACUGGACCAGUCACAAAGUACGAUAAGCAUCACACAGAGGAGGACCAGCGCACCUUCACGUCAGAAUCCAUGCCGGCAUUCAUCACACGCAGAGGAGAGCAACACUGUAAGCACAUAACACGACAAGCACACAACGAGCCGAAGCCUUUUUUUUUUCAGACGCUCCCACCUAACAUUGGCGCAUUUCUUCGGUGCAGUGUCCGGCUAUCUUCUUCUUUUGUCAGGUCGUACAUCCUUUUUUGCUACACAUUGAAAGCAACAUUUUGAGUUUUAUCUUUUCUGAAAAGUAACAACCUUUAGCACGUCUCUCUGAAGAUAUGCUCUCGGGGCACGCAUGGGUGCUCCGGAUAUCUUUAUAGCCUGUAUCUUCAUCAUCAUCAUCAUUGUAGAACUUUCACUGGAUCUGCAAAACGUGUACAUACAUCAUGUUUCAAGUUUUUUGCCUUACUCAAUAAGCUUACAGUGAUUGCAACCUGCCUUUUUAGAUAUAUUCACUUUGAUAUGCAGAUCGGACUUUUUUUUGUAAAUAGCCAAAAGCUGUAAACUAAUGUUGUAUCUUGUACAGUGUAAAGUUGGGUUAUUGAAUAUUUUGUAAUAAAGACGAUAUUGGUGUAUA